AUGUCUCUUCCGAAAACGUCCUCCACACCGCUAAACUCCGCGCCAACAUCUGAGGGCAAAAAGUUAAAAGUGUCUGUAGCCAAGGAAGAGACAAGAGGACUUCCUGAGCUAAGGGAGAAAAAAAAUAUGGUGGAUCGUUCAAAACCCCUUCCUACUUCCCUUCAGAAUGAGUUCAUACCUGAGGAAGUUCUUCUUUCUUUGACCUAUGCAGCCAAUGCUGGUCCUUGUCCUGAAAACUUACUGCCUCCUAAGAAAAUUAAAACUCCAAAGGGUACUCUUCCACGCCCUGUAGACCAUGUCUGGCAUCACCCUACACGAAGGAAUAAAUUCAAGUACCUGAUUGACCAUCCUGUCUCCCUAACUGGAGCUGGAAGGGAUAUUUCUUUCCUGUAUGAUGUUAAAUAUGUAAAAGGGGAGACUAGGGAGAAUACAGUUUGUCCCCCAUAUUCUGACCAUUCAUUACAGCCACAUGGUGGUGUCAUUGUGCCUCAUAAGCCAAAGACCCUAAUGGAUACUUUGGUUCCUGAAGAAUUUCAUAUUGUGUCAAGUACAGGAGUUACAGGUUUAGAGUGUUAUGAUGACAAAUAUACUACUCUCCUCACAGAUAGUGAAAACAGGCUAUUGCUCUUCCCAUCCAUGAAGCCUAAUAAAAGAGUAGAAGUGGUCCAGCUGAAUGAUGUGAUGGAGACUAUGCUAGAGAGGGCUGGUGUGGAAAAUCAGGAAUAUGCAGGACCAACCAAGAUGCACAAACUACUGCAUAUAUUGAAGAAGGAACAGACCAUUUACAAUACAGUAUUUCAUGAACUGAUCCGACAAGUCAGCGUGGACUGUGCAGAGAGAGGAGAACUACUGUCCAAAAUCAGAGAGAGGUAUGUACAAAUGAUUGACCAGAUUGCCCGGCAGAUGAUUGACUUCUACAAGGACUUGGUAACUCAGCGAAUGAUUGACCAGCGGAUUUUAGAAGAAUUGUAUAAUUUCAAGCAUGUUAUUGAAGAACUGACCAGGGAACUGUGUUUGGUUCAGGCACAUGAUGUGAAAUUAACAAAGGAAGCAGAGAAGGCCCACAAGGAUUUGGCACAAGCUCUUUUAGAUGCAGAAAAGAAUGCCAAAAUUGUAGAAGAAUACCAUGACUUAUACACAUUACAAAGAGGAAGGAUGGAGAAUGAUAUUAAACAGUUAAUGGCAGAAAGAGAUAUCUGGAGCUCAGCAACAUAUGAAUUGGCCCUAAAGCUAAUUGAAAGAAACAGAGUCAUAUUGGCUAAAAGACUUUAUAUCAGUGAAAAAGGCUGGAGUAAAUAUACUAAGUAUUUCAUUAUACUGCUAUCAACUAAGGACACUGCAGACCUUACACUGUUACAGAAGUUGACAGAGAAAUGGAGAAACUUAGUGAAUAAAUUUAAGCAGGAGGUUGAACAAACUGAAGAGUUUAUGAUGGAGAAAUUGCAAAUUGUUAAAGACGGACUUAUUAAAUGGCAGCAGUUCUUCAGAAAUAAUAAUGAAAGAGACAUUUUAUCCUCUAAUAAAGGAAAUAUAUUCACUUCAAUUUUUUCAGAUUUCAAGCAGUGGCAGAAGAUACUGCAAGAGGAAAAUGAAAAGUUUACUGGGGAUGCUCUAUUAUCAAAAUAUGAUGCUCUCAAGAUUAUGAAACAUUUACAGGAAAACUGGCUAGAUAUUGGACUUGGGAUGUUUGUUCGCCAUAAAAGUAUAGAGGGGAAGAUGCCAACAGAGCACCAAUACAUGGAGGAAAUUAUCAAAAGCAUAAGAAAACUCUACAAAGAAUAUGAAAUAAGAAUAAAUGGGGACAAUGGUACCUCGAAAAUUCUUCCAAGUUUGAUUAGUUCUAUUGAGUUCUGUUCUUUCAAGCUGGAAAACUUUCUGGAGAUUCCUGAUAUACCUCCUGAAGAAUGGGAGGUAGUUAAUGAAAAACUUAAGGAAAUGAAAUCUCAGUUGGAUGCAGUGUUAAACAUUAUUGGUGGUGUUCCACAGUGCAUGGAUGUGGAUUCUGGCUCGUAA